UUUAGUGAAGAAAAUAUGCCGGACGAAGAUAUCACAACCCCGAAUGCAUCGGCCCCGGCGACGCCGGGAACGCCAGGUGGACCGCUGUUCACGGCGAUGAGGGUGGACUCAUUGUCUUAUGAUCGGAAGUCAAUGCCUCGAUGCAAAUGCUUUCCUGUGACCGCCCCGACGUGGGGACAGCCUCACACAUGCUUCACCGACUUCUCUGUGCCCGACAUCUCCCUUACCCGAAAGCUGGGGGCAGAAUUUGUGGGAACCUUUAUCCUGAUAUUUGCGGCAACAGCGGGACCUAUAGUGAACCAGAAAUAUGGGGGAGCCGAGUCACUGAUCGGAAAUGCCGCAUGCGCGGGGCUGGCCGUGAUGAUAAUAAUUUUUUCAACGGGACACAUCUCCGGGGCACAUCUGAACCCUUCCCUCACCAUUGCAUUCGCCGCCUGUCGUCAUUUCCCCUGGACUCAGGUUCCGGCCUACAUAGCGGCUCAGGUUUCUGCCUCCAUUUGCGCUUCCUUCGCUCUCAAGGGAGUCUUUCAUCCCUUCAUGUCUGGUGGCGUCACCGUCCCCACCGUCAACUACGGACAGGCUUUCGCACUCGAGUUCCUCAUUACUUUUAAUCUCCUCUUUGUCGUCACCGCUGUUGCCACUGACACUCGCGCCGUGGGAGAGCUGGCAGGAAUAGCAGUUGGGGCAACAGUAAUGCUCAACAUCCUCGUCGCCGGGCCAAGUAGCGGGGGUUCAAUGAAUCCAGUGAGGACAUUGGGGCCAGCAGUGGCAGCCGGAAACUACAAGGCAUUGUGGAUUUACUUGAUAGCACCCACACUGGGAGCCGUGAUCGGUUCCGCCACUUACACCUUGGUGAAGCUCCGAGAGGAUGAGGUUGAAGCACCGAGCCAGGUCAGGAGUUUCCGACGCUAGCCAAUCAUUCAUAUUAUCCUUGUGAAAUAA